AUGGGAGUAUGCAUGAGUAUGGAACCAUUGAACGAGAAUCAAAUAAUGGCAUGUUGUCCAGAACAACAAACUAGUGAGACAAAAGAAGAGGAGCAACAUCAUUCUGGAAUAACAAGGAAAAUCUCGAGAGGUGAGUCUACAAUUGUUGAAACCAUCCCAAGCACAUGUGCUCAAGAAAAUAAGAUCGAUCAUUAUGAGGCACACUGCAUCGAAUCGAUAGUUUCAUCUGAAAGUUCUGACUCGGUGUGUAUAAUAGAUAACCAUGUGGAUCCUUCGGCAUCAUCAGAAGGCUCAUCAGCAAAAUCAUCAUCUAAGCCUUAUGAUGGUUGUAAAAUAAUCAAAAAAGGAGCAGUUAUUCACAACAAAUCAAUUCCAACAAUUUUCAUUCAAUUUGCCUCACAUAAGAGAUUAUCGAAUAGUUACUUCAUGGAUGGUGAUGAUGAGAAUUACCUUAGUCCAUCAGAGGUUUGCUGA